GGCCGCUCCACACUCCUCCUGGUUCUUUCUUGGUGUUUGUUAAAGCAUUGUCUUUUCACAAAUUGAACUACUACUGAAGUAAACUUCAUUAACCAGUCAUCGCUGUCCGGAGUUUCUUCAUUGUUCAAGAUUGUUUAGCUGUUUGGAUAGCUGGUGCAGUAUCUAGCGAGGCCAAUAACAGUGAAAAGACAGCACCACGGCAAGCAACAAAGCUAGAGAACCUAUCACGUGGAGCUCCAGUCAGCCCAAAGAGCCAAGUAAAGUGCAUUCAGUCAUCAUAAGCCACAAAAUGUCUGAAAACAAAUCCCAAAAGUCUCAAAAUAAGUCAGUACACUCUCUAAAGUCAUCAAAGGCAAGUUCUACAGCUGGCAUUGAGCUACUAAGAGCUAAAGCAAAGGCCGAAGCUGCUCAAGCAAGAGCUACAUAUGCAAAGAAAGAAAUAGAAAUCAAAGUGGAACAGGCACGUCUACAGGCAACCCUUGAUGCACUUAGAGCAGAGCAAGAAGCUGCAGCUGCAGAAGCAAAUUCAUUGGAAGCAGGACUACUACAAUUGGGCUUUGAAACACGCAGUGUAACAUACGGGUCAUGUCUUACAGAAAAUAAAGCAACACGCACAGCCCAGUAUGUUUUAGAUCAAACAAAUCGCACUGCAGCAGAGUCACCUGCCCCUGUUCAAAUUGAAAUAAAUAAUCCAGAACUCCCGUUGCAACCCUUCGUUGUAAAGCAAGAAAUGAACUACGCAGCUCCUGAAAGUGAAGUUUGUGAACCCCAGUCUGCCAGUUUCAAGCAGUUUGCUCCUCUUGCCCCAGUGUUACCCAAAAUGAACCAUGCACACAAUAGCCAUGUCGAGACCCAGCCAACUUAUGAUCUGGCCAAGUAUCUAGCCCGCAGCCAGCUCAUCACUACAGGCCUCACAAGCUUCGAUGACCAACCCAUGAACUACUGGGCAUGGAAAUCAUCUUUCAAAACCGCUAUAACAGGUUUGGACCUUUCUGCAGGAGAGGAACUAGAUCUGCUUGUACGUUACCUCGGUAAGAACUCAUCGAGACAAGUCAAACAAAUGAAAGCUGUCAACAUUAGAUGUCCUGAAGCUGGAUUAGCCAUGGCUUGGGACAGGCUCGAAGAAGUCUAUGGCUCUCCAGAAGCUAUAGAACAAGCACUCUUUCAAAAGGUAGAGAGCUUCCCCAAAAUCACCCCCAGAGAGCCUUUCAAACUCCGAGACUUAGCUGACCUAAUGUUGGAGCUUGAAGCAGCUAAACUUGAUGGAUAUUUACCAGGCUUGUCUUACUUGGACACAUCCAGGGGAAUUCAGCCAAUAGUUGACAAGUUACCUUACAAUCUGCAAGAGAAGUGGAUGACAUACGGCUCAAAGUAUAAACGUGAUCACGGCGUCAGUUUUCCGCCUUUCACUGUGUUUGCUAACUUCAUUCGCACUGAGGCCAAAAGCGAACUGACCCAAGCUUCACCCUCCACAGCUCAAACCAGUUACCUGAGAGAAAACAAAUGCCAGAAAGAUCAUCUCGCCAAGAACUGUACAACAGACAUCACUUGCACGGAGUGUGACAGCAAUAAUCACAUUUCUGCCCUCCAUCCAGGUCCAGCACCGCAGAAUCUAAAACGCCUCCCCACAGCACGGCGGGAGAGCAGCAAAGCGGAUGUCAAGAAGUCACCUCUCGGUGUACUGAGGUGUGCGGAGAAGGUUGAGGACAUGCAGUUCCUCCAAAUAAUGGACUCUGAGUUCUACCAGGACAGUGACAACAGCUGGGUUGGUCCACUGCCCUUUCGGUCGCCACGACAACGUCUACCUAACAACAGACAGCUGGCUUACGAUCGUCUCAUGUCACUCAGGCGCUCUCUAGGAAAGCGGCCUGAAAUGAAAGCACAUUUUCUGGAGUUCAUGGAGAACAUGCUCGCUAGAGGUCAUGCAGAGGUCGCACCGUCUCUAGUCCACAAUCAGGAAUGCUGGUACUUACCUUUGUUUGGGGUUUACCAUCCCAAGAAACCCACAAAGAUCAGAGUUGUGUUUGACUCAAGCGCCCCCUAUGAAGGAGUCUCUCUCAACGACGUGCUACUCACAGGCCCUGACCUUAACAACAGUCUCGUCGGAGUACUCAUGAGGCUACAUAAAGUCACCUCAAACCGCGAAGCUGUUCUGGAAGCUUUUCCACCAGAAGACAGAGCUAAAGAUGUCGAAAACUUGGAUCUGUGUGCACCAGAUCUCCCUGUCCAGCGGAGUUUGGGACUGUUGUGGAAUGUUGGCCUUGACACUUUCACAUUCAAAGUCGACGAGGAUCAAAAGCCCUUCACUCGUAGAGGCGUCCUCUCUACUGUCAAUAGCCUCUACGACCCUCUCGGGUUCCUCGCCCCCAUCACAAUCCAAGGCAGGCAAAUACUCAGAGAGCUAACCAGUUUGACGACGACUGGGGCACCUCUUCCCGGCGAUACAAAGGCAGAGUGGUGCAAGUGGAAGGACUCUCUCCAAGAUCUGCAAAGUCUGCAAAUACAGCGUCCUUACACCUCGCUCUCCACAACUAACGCCCAAAAAAGAGAACUCUUCAUAUUUGCUGAUGCGUCUGUAAAAGCCAUUGCAGCCGUUGCAUAUAUCAAAGUCUCAACAUCAGAAAGCACAGAAAUUGGAUUUGUGUUUGGAAAGACCAAGUUGGCUCCUCAAUCAGGCCUCACGAUUCCAAGACUCGAGCUAUGUGCCGCAGUGCUCGCAGUUGAAGUUGCAGAGUUGAUAGUAGCAGAAAUGGACAUUUCAUUUGACAACAUUGAGUACUAUACGGACAGCAAAGUUGUGCUAGGAUACAUAUACAACCAGACCCGAAGAUUCUAUGUGUACGUGCAUAACCGAGUCCAACGCAUACUCCAGUCGACACGCCCUCACCAAUGGAAGUACGUUCCAUCUGGGCUCAACCCAGCAGACUACGGGUCUCGUUCUGUGACAGCAGCCCAACUGAGCAACACAACAUGGUUGGAAGGACCGGCCUUCCUCCUCAAGCCUUCACUACAGGUACCUCCUUUUGAAAAUUACAACCUUGUUGAUCCUGCUGCUGACAUAGAAGUACGCCCCUUGGUGACAACAAACCUGACUCGUGUCACAAAACCAGCAAUCGCUCCAACAUGUUUUGAAAAGUUUUCAAACUACAGCGCUCUCAUCAGAGCAAUAGCCCAGUUGAUUCAUGUUGUUCGCUCAUUCAAUCACUCCAACCAAGCAUCCAGCUGCCACGGCUGGCACCUUUGUCGACCUACAGAAGAAGAAAUGGCAAAGGCAAAGAUUUGUGUCAUAAAGAAUGUUCAAAGUGAGUACUACAAAGAAGAGCUAAAAUGCAUAUCAGAAGAGACAAAGAUUCCCCUCUCAAGCAGUCUUUGGAAGCUGCACCCCAUAUUGGACAAUGAUGGACUCUUAAGAGUUGGGGGCCGAAUCACACAUGCUGAACUGGGUAUCGACACCACUCACCCUCUCAUCAUUCCAGCCAGACACCACUUGGCGGAUGAAGGUCGCACCCAUUCACGUGACGUGGGUGUGGAUGUGUUUGGGCCGUGGGACGUUUUCACCCGUCGCACAAGAGGAGGUCAAGCCAAUUCCAAAAGGUGGGCCGUCAUGUUUUCCUGCAUGUCUACGAGAGCAGUACAUAUCGAGUUAAUCGAAACAAUGAGCACUGACAGUUUCAUAAACGCUCUGAGGCGGUUUUUUGCAAUCAGAGGCCCAGCAAAACAAAUCAGGUCUGAUUGCGGCACAAAUUUAAUCGGCGCCUCUCACAAACUGAAAAUGGUUGAGACGGAUCUCUCCAUCAAAGAUGUCGAAGGCUACUUGAACAAACAAAACUGCUCAUGGAUCUUCAAUCCUCCGCACGCAUCACAUAUGGGUGGUGCUUGGGAGCGAAUGAUCGGGAUUGCCAGGCGCAUCCUCAACUCCAUGUUCCAAGAUUGUAAAAGGGCAAUCUUGACCCACGAACUGUUGUCUACGUUUAUGGCUGAAGUCUGUGCCAUCAUGAAUACUCGUCCUCUUGUUCCUGUGUCUACCGAUCCUGAGUCACCUCUUAUCCUCACGCCGUCGAUGCUGCUCACCAUGAAAACAGGAUGUGCGCCACCACCUCCUGGAAACUUUGAAAAUGGGAUACUUCUGAAAGAACAAUGGAAAAGGGUUCAAAGUCUCGCUGAUAUCUUUUGGUCGAAAUGGAGACGUGAGUAUCUUCAUACUCUGCAGUUGCGCCACAAAUGGCAGGAUAAGAAACAAAGCCUCAAGGAAGGAGACAUCGUUCUGCUCAAGGACUCUCAGGCCAAAAGGAACGAGUGGCCCAUGUCUAUUAUCUCCAAGACCAUCCCAGGGAAGGACGGACUUGUCAGGAAAGUUGAAGUAACUACUUCUCAUGCGGGAACUAAGAAGACUUUUUCGCGCCCUGUGACCGAAGUGGUUCUGCUUUUGUCCCCCGAGCAAUUCAGUGACUGUUAAUUUGAAUGUGGGAUAGUAUUCUCCCAGGCGGGGAGUGUUAUGUUUAUUGUGUAUAAUAUUGCUAGUGUUAUUAUUAGUUGAAAUACGCCACCUUGUGGUCACUUUAAGUUAUUGUUUGAAUUAAUAGUAGAAGAAGAAUAUGGACAGGAAGUGCUACAUUGUUGCCCUUGGUUACCAGAAUCGAACGGCCGCUCCACACUCCUCCUGGUUCUUUCUUGGUGUUUGUUAAAGCAUUGUCUGUGAGUAUUACUUGGUUAAAACAUUGAGACACCUGUAAUGUUACAUGAUAUGAUGGUAUUGUGUAAAGUUGUAUGUUUAUAGCCCGUUAUUAUUACGCUAAUGAGUCCGUUUUUAUAUGCUAAUUUCUUGUUGCUAAUCGCUAGCUAACAUCCUCAUUUCAUUGAAAGUCAAUGCCAUGUUGGUCCUUUAUUUUAUUUAUAUCAUUCUGUAAAGCCUAGAUUGUAAUACAUUGCAUUUCUGUAUGUUACAGUUUCACAAAUUGAACUACUACUGAAGUAAACUUCAUUAACCAGUCAUCGCUGUCCGGAGUUUCUUCAUUGUUCAAGAUUGUUUAGCUGUUUGGAUAGCUGGUGCAGUAUCUAGCGAGGC